AGAAAACAUAAAAGAACAGCAAGUGCAAGAGCACACAUUCCACCCUGCCUUGUAGAUUAACAAGCCUGUCAAACAAGAGCAAAGCAUCAGUGGGUAGAUAAGGUCUAUAAAGUAGACAGCCACACAGUAAACAGCCUCACAGACUAAACCUAGAAACGUCUACACUACAGCCGGGAUCAAUGCUUUGAGAUCAAUCCACCAGCGAUCUAGCGGGUCUAGUGAAGACCCGCCAAAUUGACAUCAGAUCGAUCUCCGGUCAAUCCCUGUACUCUACGCCCGAUGAGAAGAGUAAGGUGCUUGUGGAUCACCAGGGUUGCUUCACUGACAUCAAAGCUGGGUGGUCAGGGAAAGUGCAUGAUGUAUGCAUCUUCAGGAACACCAGCCUUUACAGAAAGCUGCAAACAGGAACUUUCUUUCUACACCAGAAGAUUCCAUUGGAGGAUGUUGAAAUGCCCUCAGUGAUCCUUGGAGACCCAGCCUUCCACAGGAUACUCCCCCACAUCAGUCUCCCUUACUCCCAUGGUUCAUGAAGCCUUACAUAGAAAACCUGGACAGCAGCAAGGAACGCUUCAACAAUAGACUGAACAGGGAACAAAAGAGGAUAGCAAGUAUUUUUGGAGAUAAAGCUUCAUUCAAUACCAAGAUACAGAACACAGCUUGUGACUAAACUAACUGUGAAACAGAAUUUUCCUAUGGUGGCUGCAUGAGAGUAACAAAGCAAAGCAAAGCUCAGGUAAUGGCAAGUGAUAAGAAUCACUCAGUAAAAGAAGACAAGAUGCCUGGAAGCAUGAUGUCAGUAUCCUGCCAUAAGCACCAUUUCCUUUUGGUUGGCUUUCUUGGUUUCUGUCUUAACAGUUUUGUGAGAGGUCAAAAGAACAACACUCUGAUUUUCACCAAGGAAAACACAAUUCGCAACUGCAGCUGUUCUGCUGAUAUCCAUGAUUGUGAUUACAGCUUGGCAAACCUCAUGUGCAGUUGCAAAACCAUCUUGCCUUAUACAAUAGAUAGAGCCAGCUACCACAGUGACCUAACAAUUUGGUUCACAGAUACGACCGUGCUUGGAAUGCUGUUGAACUUUACAGUGGUGCACUACCUGAAGCUUUCACUCUGUGGCUCCACUCCUCUACCAACAGAAUACCUGGCCAUUUUGGGAUUGCGAAAGCUGCAAAUAAACAGUGAGGUUAAGGGCCAAUUUCUAGAGCAAAAUUUAACAAUCUACAAAAGCGGCGACAAUGAGAUGAGAGACAAACUGAAGGUGCUACACAAAGACAGGCAAAUGUUUUUGUAUAUUUCUGUCUUGGAUACAUCUCUUUUCAACAGGUAUUCUUUAUUGAAGUCCUAUAGUGUGGAAAAUGUCUCCAGCAUUACAGACCACUUUCCAAGUCUGCCAUAUUCUGAUAUAUUUUCAACUACUAAUAACAAAAGCUACGUUGUAACAUUCAUUUACUGAAACAUGUUCAACAACUUCAGCAGUACAGUAAGGGGGCAUGUUAACCUGUCAUUAGAACAAGAUAUGGAGUGUUUGCAAGUCUGUUUUGUUUGAGCCAGAAGGGAAAGUAAGUGUGGGUCAGUUCUUACUGCAUUCAAAAUGACACUACUCACAAAAUGUGGGGUUCAAAAUAGUUUGAACACAGAUAAUUAAUUCUGUAACCUGUUUCUUAGGGAACAAAGAAAGUGUGAAACAAUCAAUUUUAAAAGUGAUGUAACUAAGUUUUCAAAAUGACUUAAUUAUUGUAUGGUAAAGAUUGAAAUAUGUUGAUUAAUUUUGUUAUGAAAUGUGCAUUACUUGGGCAUAUGAAAACAUGACAAUGUACCUUUAGGUAUGGAACUACCUAAUAAUAAUAACCCAUCUGUAAUGUGUUUUUACACAUUCUGCUAGAUGUAGUAAAUAUGUGGAAAAUGUAUAAGUAGUAUGAAUUGUAGUGAGUUUGUCUAGUUAUAUGUACUGAAUCUCUUAUCUUUUUACAUAAAAGUACAUGGACCUUUUUCAGUAGUAGUUUGAAAGCUCACACCAUUAUUUGCUUUGGAAAACCAUUAGGCUAGUGUAUAAUGAGCAAUUAUGUCUCCUUAUGAAGGCUGUUUAAUUACUCCACUGUUGUCUUAAUUUGGUUCUACAUUAACACAGAACUUGGAGAUACCCAGAAGUCACCUACUACAGGACAGGCCCAACAAAGAAAAUAACAGAACGCCACUAGCUGUCACCUUCAGCCCCCAACUAAAAACUCUCCAGUGCAUCAUCAAAGAUUUACAACCUAUCCUG